UAGCGCGUAACGUCAGUUUAGCGGGGGAUUCAGUCCUGUGCUGUUCGCGGGAAAGACAAGCAUCAGCACCACGGGAAAAACAUCACCGGCUAACGAUCCGACAAACCUCUCAGCGCUAUUAAAACACAACAACAUAUUUCAGAUCGUCUUCUACCGGAGCGUAGGGAUGCUUUUCCGUUCAAUUGUUGACAGAGGAGUGGGCAGACGACGGCAGAAUGCCCUCCCUGCAGACCCCUGGCCCUCGUACCCUCUGAGCUCUCUGCUGGACGGCUACCAGUGUGUCCGACACGAUGAACACAUCUCCUACGGAAACCUGGGUGACUCUGUUCCACCGUUUGGAUUGGCUUUCUCCUCAGCCGGCCACCUGCGGAAUCUCCUCGCAGCAGCUAAUGAAGAAGGCAUCGUAAGGAUCUACAACACAGAGAGCCGCGGGAAGCCGCUUCUUAAAGAGUGGCUGGCUCAUGAGAAUGCUGUCUUUGACAUAGCCUGGGUACCGGAGGAGCCUCAGUUAGUGACUGCUGCUGGUGAUCAGAUGGCCAGACUGUGGGAUGUGAAGUCAGGGGAGCUGUUAGGCAGCUUUAAGGGUCACCUCUGCAGCCUCAAGUCUGUUGCAUUCGCACCACAGGAGAAAGCUGUCUUCUGUACUGGUGGCAGAGAUGGAAAUAUUAUGGUCUGGGACACCAGGUGCAGCAAAAAAGAUGGUUUCUACAGACAGGUGAAACAGAUCAGUGGCGCUCACAACAAAGCAGAGACAAACGCCCCCACCAAAACAAAGAAGCGGCGGAGCGGCACACGUGGCAUGGCUCCCAGUGUGGAUACCCAGCAGAGUGUGACGGUGGUUUUGUUUCGGGAUCAGCACACGCUCAUUUCUUCUGGGGCUGUCGAUGGAGUAGUCAAGAUGUGGGAUCUGAGGAAGAACUACACUGCACACCGCAACGAUCCUGUUCCCCUGCAGACGUACCCAUACCCGGGUUCUUGCAUGCGCAUGCGACUGGGCUACUCUGGACUUGUUCUAGACUCCACGAGAUCCAACGUCAUCUGUAACUGCACUGAUGAUAAUAUCUACAUGUUCAAUGUCAGUGGAAUAAAAACGAAUCCAGUGGCAGUUUUCAGUGGCCACCAGAACUCCUCGUUUUAUAUAAAGUCCACUAUUAGCCCAGAUGACCAGUUCUUAGCCAGUGGCUCAAGUGACCAUCACACAUACAUCUGGAAGAUCUCUGAUCCUAAACAUCCUGCUAUGAUGCUCCAAGGCCACAGCGAGGAAGUGACAUCUGUUGCAUGGUGCCCAACAGAUUUUACUAAGAUUGCUUCCUGUUCCGAUGACCACACUGUACGCAUCUGGAGGCUUCGCCGGGAAAUGGAUGGAGCCCAGUCUUCAGUGGGACAGGCCAACCUUGUAGGCUGGGCACGUCCCAAGUCUUCCUCAAGGCCUUCGAUCAGACCUGAAACAACCCCUUCCAAGACCAAGAAGACAGAGAGUCUCGGUGGCCCGGCAUCACCCCAGCUUGCCUCCUGUGCUCCCAGUGGAGCCGCCCUGCCUCUCUCAUCCAGCACCACCUCACCUGUCCCUUCUCAAGACGCUAAGGCUGCUGUUGUUCACCAGAGAACACCGUCUUCUAUCAAACAGUGGUUAUCCCCGAGCCAUGGAUCUCCUGGUCAGAGCAGCCUUCCGCUCCGUUGGGUGCUUAACCUGUGUCCCCAGAGCCCGGCGAGCAGCACCUCUCCCACAGAACGACGGGCCAAGCGCAGGCUGGAGACUGGCGACGGUCCAUCUGCAGGCUGUGAGGGAGCAAAACAGUGUGACUGUGUUUCCGAACUCUACCCCGCAGCCAAGAAAAGCCGGGCACUGUCUGGAAUCUGCUGCCCCGGUGAAGAGAGCCGGGUACAAACAGACUGUCACACGGAGGACAAACAAGCCUCAUCGAGACAGACUGGCAAGGAGAAUUGCUCUCCCAGAGCAGCUGACUGGUUGUCAGUGCUGGGCCAAAAGAUGAGGAAAGAUCAAGGAAGCGUCAGUUCUCCCAGAAGCCCCACUUCCUCUAAGAAACAAGAAGGCAAGACACCAGCUUCACCGACCAUCCGCUCUCCACAAACCAUGAAGAAAAUCUCCUCGUAUUUCACAAGAAGGCCUUUGGAGUGACCAGUUUUGCCCGUCAGAUUCUCUGUGCUUCUGUUUAAAAUGCUUUUGUUGUUUUUUAUUUUGAGUAUUUUUUAACCUGAACCCACAGACAAUAAGCCUCUAAGAACGCUGAUCUAUGUCCAGACGGCAGGGGUACACAAACCUGGGCUGCAUAGAGAUCAGCAAAACCGUCAUUCAGAGUAUUUGAUGCUGCGGUUUUCACUUCCCGAGAGGCUGCUUUAUUUUAAUUGGGUCAUGGGUUUUGCUGUUGCCUCCUACACAGUUUUCUGGUGCUGUGCAGAAUCUCUGGUUUAAAACACUCAAGUUGCAUGUUCCUGAGUAAAUCUUUCAUUUUACUCAAACCUGAGAACUCUUAGAGAUGCAUUAGUGUUUAAUACAAAAACCCACUUUUUUAAUAAAGUUGUUCAGGAGGUCAACCAGGUAUUAAAGUGCAGAGAGAAAUAAUUGUCUGCAGGUGUGGACAUUUUAAAUUCUGCACAAAAAAAAACAUUUAUGUGAUUCACAUCUUUGUCGUUUUAUGAACUUCACUAUGAUUAAUCUCUUUGUGGGCUUUUUCCAUAUAAACCUUUUGUCUUUCUGUGCUACACAUACGAAGUUCUGCUAAAUGUAAUUUUUCUUGAGCAAAUGCUUAAGUUGUUUAUAUGUACAAUAUAACCAGUGAUUGUUGCUUGGUUCCUUUUUGUAUUUAAUUGACACAAAUUUUCUGUGAUCAGAUUUUAUUAAAUUGAAAAUAGUUGUCA